AGUGGAGUCAAGGCAGCACCACUGGAAUGUCGCGCCAUGCAUGCCGAGGCAAGUGAGAGCCAGGAGUUGGCAAGGUUUGAUGCAGUGGAGACCAGAAGCAUCCCAGAGUUCAGAUGGUCCUUCUAUCAGACAGACGGCUGGGAAGGAUACCAGGAUGAGGAGGUCGAGGAGGUUCUGACCAGACCUCGGCCACCAAAGCCCUGGCAUGUGCGAGAUGAGAAGAUCCAGGCCAUGGUGCAGGAGGUAGGUGCCCAGGUGGGCAUCCCCGACCGCCUCUUGCGCCACGCCAAGUGUCGGUCCCCUGCGUUCGAGGACGAGGCCGACAUGGAUGCCGUCCAUGAGGCAUCCAGCCAAGCGCCUACCAGAACUCGGAAGAGGUCAGUCCGCUUUGCAGACGGAGAUGCGCUCGACAGGAUGCUUCAGCGAGAGCAAGAGGCCCAACCAAGUGGGGCGCGCAGAGAGGAGUGCGACAAGAAGUGGAAGAUCUCGGACGCAGACUUCCGAGAUCUCGUGCUGGCGAUGGCAAAGGCUCAGGAAGCAGCUCCUCCCACUCUGUCCUGUUCGGCUUCCGCGCCCGCUCUCCAGGCCAAUCCCAAAGAAAAGAUCUUGGUGCACGUCCACUUUGUCGACUCUCAUGACAUCAUGUCAUUGCGCGUAUCCCCGGAUCUCCGGAUCGGACCUGCGCCUGUGCCCAAAGGCAAUCGCUUCACAGACAUAUAUGGCCUGGGAGCAAGCACCAAAGGCUUUGCUGAGUUCAAGCAGUUCGACUACCAGCGGCGGCGCUGGCUUGGGGGCUUUCGCAAAGAAUGGGUGCCGGCGUGGUCAGUGUCAUUCAAAGGCCUCAUUCAGGAUCUCACUGGCAUGGAGAUAGCCAGGCAGCGUUUGUUCUCCCAGCACAUUCCAAUGCACGAUGAUAACCUGACACUACGAUCCUGGAAUGUGAGAGAUGGUGGCAUGAUUCAAUUGCGCUUCCAGCGCAAAAUCUCAGCUUCGCAGCUGAAGGCCGUGCAAAGGGCAUGCCAAGCUGCCAUUCAAGCUGACGGUGACACAGACAGGUGCACGUCCAUCAACCCGGCACUGCCAGUGCAGGCGGAGAUGGCGUCCUCCUCUGACUUCUUCAAGCCCAUGCGUCGAUGGAAUCAAUGUGCGUUGCGCGACAGCCCCUCCCGCAGUCCUUGCCGGCAGAGGUCAAAACAGGAGUUCUUAGCGGCGAAGGAAGCCUCCACUCGCCUUCGGAACAGCAGGCAUUUGAGAAAGUGCACGUCAAAGGGUGACGUGUGGAUGAUGCCGCGAUGGAUCUCGCAAGAUGAACCUGGCCAUUUCUCACCGACUGGGAACCCGAAGCACGAUGUGCUGAAGCGGGACCCUCCGAGCUUCGCAGAAAAAGGCAUCUUCUUGCAGGAUGCAAAGGAUUUGGCGGUGUCGCGUAUUCGUCAGACCGUGACGGGCAACCCGCUCUACACACGCAUAGACAGCUGACCACCGAGCUCAGAUAUCCAACUCCAGCUGCCACAAUGCUGCCACCUGUCCAAUCUUGUAGUCUUUAUUGAUUCUUGGGACCUUUCGUCGGAAAGCCGACGCCACGGGCCCCCUCUGGAAUUCCCAAGGAAUCCAAUGGAGUUUGCGGCGACAACCAUGUGAAACAUGCUUGGCGUCGUCAUACCAAGUGGGGAGCUUCUCCGGGAAGAACAUGUCGGAGAGAACAUG